AUGGCUUCGUCCGACGAGCCGCAAUCCCUCCGCGCCGUCUUCGAGGCCGCCGAAGACAAGCGUCAAGAAGUCAACGAAGCUCCCAGCGCAACGUCUCCCAAAUACGCAGAAGAUCUCGCAGCCGCGCUGAAGCUGUACACACAGGCCCUCGAGCAGAUCUCGGCGCUGUCGCUCUUCUCGGCCAACGAGGGCUUGGAAGACGUUGCGACGUCGUCGUUGCCGUACUUGCUCGUGGACUUUUACUUUGCUGAGCUUGUGCAGCGGACGCCGCAUUUGGCGCCGAAGGAGAGGCUGGAGGUUCUGGAGAGGGCGAGGGCUUCGUAUGAGAGGUUUUUGAACGCGGUGGAUGGGUAUGGAUUGGUGACGGGGCCGUAUGGCAAGAUGUUGGAGCGGUAUCGUGAUGAUGAGGAGGCGUUUGCGGCGGUGGCGGGGGACAUGGCGGCGAAGAGGGAGGCCAAGAUUGCAAACUUCAAGGCGGAAAAGGCGUUGCGGGAGAAGCUGCAGAUGCUGAAGCGCAACCCGCGGUAUCUUGAUCACGGUGAUGAGGAGCUCGUGCGCGAGGUGCACGUCGCCAGCAUCCGGUUCUCAAUCCACAACGCCUUCCAGGCGCUCGACUCGCUCAACCGCGAGGUGCCGCUGCUUCGAUCCGCGCCCUCGCCGACUGCCGCCCCGAAGGCCUCCUCCGACGAUCCCACAGACACGUCCUUCCGGCUCGACCAGCCUCUCGGCCAGCUCCGCGCCGGCGCCGGCGGACCCUUGCUCUCUACAAAGGGAAAGCCUCUCCAGCCGUUUACGCUCGUGGGCUCUCGCGCCGAUCUCGCCCGCGGCGUCUUCCGGCCGGGACACAACCUGCCCACCAUGUCGAUCGACGAAUACCUCGAGGAGGAGCGGCGCCGGGGCGGCAUCCUCGAGGGCGGCACGGAGCCUCCAAAGCAGGAGGUCGACGAGGACGAUAUGGAGGCUGUCGAUCGAGCGACGUACAAGGCGAGGCAGUGGGACGAUUUCACGGACGAUAAUAGGAAGGGGUCGGGGAAUACGCUCAACAUGGGUUAA